AUGUUACAAGCCAUAAACUUACCUAAACAGAAUCUCUCUCCCCAUGUUUAUGCUACUGAGCUACUGGUGGCUUCGGAGGGCUGGCAGUUGCUUGAUGCUUUCGAUGCUUUCCGCCUUUGGCCGCCUGGCUCCCCACAGCUUCGCAGCUCCUCCGCGCUUCGGCCGGUGCCUGAGUCCUUUUGGUCGCCCGUGCGCCCCAAAGUCAUGGGGAGUGACGCCUUGGAGGAGCGAUUCAGGAUCUGGCGCAGCUUGACCAAGGAGAGUUUCGCCCGACCUCGACAUCUGUCACCGCAGAUGCAUGAGCGGCAAGUGGAGCUCUUCCUGGAAGCUGUCCGGGGAGAUUCCGAUGAAUCCUUUGAUGAGUACAUCCGACAUCUGCGCCAGGAGCACUUUCCUGAAGCUUCCGAGGAUGUGGAGGAAAGGGAGGAUGCAGAGUAUGAUGGAGGUGAGGUAGCUGCACGUCGCAGCCAAGAUCAAAAGUGUACCAUCGUAGUGUGCGAAGUCUUAGUUGUGAGCCUGUGA